AUGCAAGUCAUAAACCAGACAACGGUUAAUGAGUUCCUUCUCCUUGGAUUUCAGAAUCUUUAUGGCUUCAAGAUAUUUUUUUUUUUUUUAGUCCUUGUUUCUUUCCUUGGGACAAUAUGUGGAAAUCUUCUGAUUAUCUGGCUGGUGGCAUCCGUCUGUAGUCUACAGUCUCCAAUGUAUUUCUUCUUAACACAACUGUCCUUUUCUGAUUUAAUUCUUACUGCAACUAUUGUACCCAACACACUUUAUAUUUUAUGGGAUGAAGGUGGAACUAUUUCUUUUUCAGGUUGCAUUUUUCAAUAUUACUUUUUUGCUUGUUCUGAGGUCUCUGAAUGUCUCCUUCUGUCCAUUAUGGCGUAUGACCGAUAUCUGGCCAUCUGUCACCCUCUGCGAUAUGUCACCUUAAUGAACAAUGUGCUUUGCAUUAAACUUGCUAUUGCAUCUUGGCUUUCAAGCUUUUCUAUUGUAUUGAUUGACACAAUAUCAAUAACUCAACUUCAGUUUUGUGGAUCAUAUAUUAUUGACCAUUUUUUCUGUGACUUUACUCCACUCUUAGAGCUAGCUUGCUCAGACACUUACUUUCUUGAGAUUGAACUUCCCAUAUUAUGUAUUCCUGUUGCUGUUUCCCCUCUGAUAAUUAUUGUCCUAUCCUAUAUAAAUAUUGUCCAAGCUGUACUUAGGAUCUCCUCAAAUAGUGAGCGAGGGAAAGCCUUCUCUACCUGCAGCUCUCACCUGACUGUGGUUUCUAUAUUUUAUGGGACACUAAUUGGAAGUUACAUGAUACCCUCCAAAGGAAAAUCAUUGGCUGUCAGCAAAGUGAUAUCCUUGUUGUACACUGUAGUGACUCCUAUGAUUAAUCCAAUUAUAUACAGUCUUAGGAAUAAAGACAUCAAAGACGCCGUGAGAAAAAAAAUCUUAAAAAUGAUGAACCAUUUUUAAAAUAGGAUCUGUAUCAUAGAGCACCGCCAUUAUGGAAUAACCUCACAGAUCCUACAGA